AUGACCACAACGGCAGGCAAGGUCGCCCAUCCUGUGCAGCAACCCGUGGUCGCUGGCUCCCGGCCGGCCCGCCCCGUGAUUGCCGCUCGGAAGCGGGCGGCCGGCGGAGCUUCGCGUUUGGGCGCGCCGGCGGAGCUCCGAGGCAAGGCCGUGUUUGUGACCGUGGACCUUGAGGGCAGCGCCAAGGAGCCCGUGGUCAACUUCUUCGGCAUCAAGGAGGGCGACGCCCCCGUGGUGGUCGGCUUUGAUAUGGGCGGCAACAAGAAGUACAAGUUCGCCGAUGACAUCAGCGCCAAGCACCUCAAGAAGUUCACCCAGGACCUCCUGGACGGCAAGCUCACCCCCGAGUUCAAGAGCGCCGCCAUCCCCGACGAGCCCCUGGACGGCGGCGUCACGGUUGUUGUGGGGAAAAACUUUGACGCGAUCGUGAAGGACGAGUCCAAGGACGUGCUGCUGGAGGUGUACGCACCCUGGUGCGGCCACUGCAAGUCGCUGGAGCCCAUCUACAAGAAGCUCGCCAAGAGGUUCUCAAAGGUGUGGUCCAGGGGGGGCUGGGCGGCCCGCUAG